UUCAUUUAUAGCGUUCACGUGCAUCAAUCGAAAUACGAAAUCAACAACGCGAUGUUACUUUUGAAAGUAUUUUGAUUCUUAUCCUCAAGGAUAUCUAUCCUAACCUACAAUUCCCAUUUAUUAUGGAUUCUGACACCAGAAUAUUAUGUUUUCGUCAUUGCUGUUCGAAAAGUAUAUUUUGUAAAAAUAUCCUAGAUGUAUGUCCUCUUUGCAAGUUACUUAUUGUGAAUUUUGAAGUAGAACCUUUUGUUAUUCCAUAUCCAUAUGCUAAUGCCAUGCAUGAACCGAAUGCUGUAGUUGUAAGACCAUCUCGAGGAGAUUUUUUAACUAAUUAUGAUAUUGCCCAUGACUUGCACAUAGGAAUAUCAAAUUCUCAAGGAAUUGUUUUUGAAUAUGACAAAGAAGGUCUAAUCAUUAAUGAUUGCUCUAGAUGGACGAGUUGCAUUGCAAUAAGCAUAAUCCCUUCAUCGUGGGAUAAUCAUUGGAAUGAAACACUAAAAGCAAUGUUAAAAGACUCUAAAUGGAGGUCUGAGAAUUAUAAUGAACUUUCAAUGAAUUGUUAUAAUUUUGUCAUAGAGUUUAUGAAUAAGUUAAAAUAUAUGGAUAUGGAUUUUGUAGACAAAGAAACUAUGUGCGAUAAAUUAAUACUACCAAGAAUUAGAGAUGCAGUGAGAUACAAUUCCUUAUUUAUAAAGUUAAAAGCUCAUGAAUUUUUUAUAUCAUAAGCAUUAAUAUAUCUUCAUGUAUUUGUAUAUUGAAACUGUCAUGUAUACACGAUUAUUAAAAUAAACAAUUUAAUGACUUUUGAUAAAAUAUUU